ACGAUAUAUUUCCACCGCAAGACACCUAGCGCUAGAGUUGAAUAGCGGACGUCGAACGAACUAUGGAGACAGUAAGUGGUCACUUUUAUCUGGCGAGUGUCCAGACCUCCCCUUCUUAGACCGUGGUCAUGGUCAUCAUAUAUUUGUUUCAAUAUUAACUGUUAUUAAUACGAGAUCCUUAAAUGACCCUCAGUAAUCAUAAACACUUGUCUGGAAAAUUGUCUGAAGUUAUAUAAACGUCUUUUAAAACAAAUCUGUAGGAUAUUUGUUUUUUUCAUUAUUAUCGAAAACAACUGUUUAUGUAAAUCUUACGAAAUUUAAUUUUGUUAAGUUAUUAUUUUAUCAGAAACAUUACCUCCAAAUGCUAUCUUGACUGUUGGAAUGAAAUUGGUGUAUGUUUUGAAAUGAGAAAUGGUGUGACUGAAGUAUUUACUUAAAAAUUCAAGAAAAUUCCUUUUCGGAAUGAUUAAUGUAAUCUGUUUUUUUAAUCAACAGUAUUUGUGUAACGAAGUAUAAAUACUUGUUUUCUGUCAAUUAACUUCAGAAAUUUUCCGAAAUUCGUAGUUGUGUGACAUUAAAGUGUAUGAUCAGCUGUAGAAAAAAAAUAAAUGCACCUUGACAUGUCGAAGAAUCUUGAACGUAGGAAUGAAGACAUGUCGCUGUCGAUGGAUGCGUGAGAGGUCUCUGGACAGGAGACCAACACGAGUGGCUGUGCUGUGAGCAGGCACAGUGCGUCCGGCAGAUCACGCCUGAGGUCUGAACAUGGACCCUGACAGGGCAGAGUCACCGAUCUUCGGGCCAGCUGCCCUUGGUCUCAAAAGAGUAGGCGAGGAGACCCCACCCCGCCCCACCCCGCCACACCCCGGCCUCGUUCUCAACAGACGUGGCAUGCCGGCACGCAACCGCAAGCGCAACCGGCUGUACUUCGACGACGACGUGGUGAGCACGGUGGCGCGAGCGUCCCCCAAGCGGGCCCGCAUGUCGCCCACCAAGCGGGGCAGUGCCCCCAAGAGGGCGGAGGCGGCCUGGCAGACGCCCGAGCAGGCAGACUCGCCGGCGCUGUCUUCGCCGGAGAGGCGUGUCGGCCACCAGAUAGGCAUGCGUCUGCGCAACCUGCUCAAGCUGCCCAAGGCACAGCGCUGGGUGUGUUACGAGUGGUUCUACAGCAACAUUGACAAGCCGCUGUUCCAAGGAGACAACGACUUCAUGACGUGUUUGAAGGAGUCGUUCCCGCAGUUGAAGACACGUAGGCUGACACGAGUCGAGUGGUGCCAGAUACGUCGCCUCAUGGGCAAACCACGCCGUUGCUCCCAGGCGUUCUUCAGGGAGGAGCGCUGCGAGCUGGAGCGCAAGCGGGCCAAGAUACGGCAGCUGCAGCAGCGCAAGGCCACGGACCUGGGCUCUCUGCGCGACCUGCCCGGCGAGAUCCCGCUGCAGCUGGUGAUCGGCACCAGAGUGUCGGCGCGUCUCCGGGCGCCCCAGGACGGCCUCUUCAACGGCAGCAUCGACGCCGUCGACACUUCCAACAACACGUACCGCGUGACCUUCGAGCGGCCGGGCCUGGGCACCCACUCCGUCCCUGACUACCAAGUGCUGUCUCACGAGAUGCCGGAGACCAUCUCGCUGGCGAGCUUCGCACAGAAGUUCCGGCCACGCGCCGUGAUUCCUUUCUCUCCGCCGUGGCACGCCCCGGACACGCCGCGACUACUGCACGACCCGAUGCUGUCGAGUGUCAGCUCCGCAGUCAAGCCUCAGAGCACUCCCGCAGUGUUGGGGCCUUUCUCCGUCAAGUUCCUGGACACCACGGUGAGGCUGGCCAAGAUAUUGAACAUCAAGCGGGAGAAGAUAAAGUGUUUGAAGGAGAUGAACUCUGAGGCGGAGAAGAAGAAGUCGUUCGGAGUCCCCAUCUGCGAGGAGUUCCAGCGACGCUAUGCGGGCUGCAUCAUCGAGCUGGAGUGGCUCAACAGAGACCUGCAAAUGUACUUGUCAAGUUGCCAGAACUGCUGUCUGGAGGUGGCGGUGGAGCCCAGCCUGGUGGCCAUGCUCACGCCCACGUACCUGCGCGACCGCUCCCGCGAGGAGGCGCGCGACCUGGUGCAGAAGCACAACCACGCCGGCCUCGUCAGGAGCUCCCACGUCCUGUGUCUCAUCACGCAGCUCACCUCGCUCCUCAUGCAGAUCAAGAGCCUGUCGGAGAGCGACAGGAACGCCUACGAGAUGAAGGUGCUGGAGACUUCGCUGGACGAGAUCAGGGCCUGCUUGCGGCCGGAGAACCAGUGCAGCUUCCAGAGUCGUGUCGAGGUGCACAUCCAGCACAUCCAGCAAGGCCUGGACCACUGCGUGGGUUCCCACCCCUUCCUCAACCACCGCUCCUAGCCACCCACACUGUAAACAACCGUUAUCACUGCAAUAAACAACAUUUCAUUCA